AUGUUAUUUUCUUCAUCUAAUACAAAUAAUAAUAAUUCAUAUAUACCAUUGGAAAAAGAUAAUUUAUCAGCAGUAUAUGCGUAUUAUCAAAUUGAUCCACAAAUGUAUCCACCACCUGAUCUACAAUUCAAUAAAACAAUUCAACAAUCUUUUUAUCCAUCUCAUUUAUAUUUACAACCAUCAACAUUCGAUAAUACCAAUUUGUUAGAACAACAGGAAAAUAUUUGUCAUUAUAAUAAUAGACAAAGAUUUCGAAAUCGUAGAAAAGAUAAAAAAAGACUAAAAUCGAAUAGAAAUCGUACAAAAAAUAAUAAACGAUCAAAAUCUAUUAAUAAUUUUCAUCAACAAAAUAUAAUUACUGUACGUCGAAUAUCUUAUCAUGAUAUUUUUAAUUCACAAACAAUAAUGAAAAAACAAUUUGAAUAUGAACAAAAUAAUCUUAAUAAUGAAACUAUAAUAAAUCAAGGGAAUAACAAAACUGAAUUAACUAAUCUCAUAGAAAAUCCAUCACAAAAUUCUAAAAAUUAUCCUACCGAAUAUAAUUCAUCAUUUACUCUUGUCAAAGUACAAACAUCACCAAUACAAUCAACAAUAAACAAAUGUUUAAUCUCACCAUCAACUACAAAUCAUAAUACAAACAUUUUGACAACUCUCGUUCCCAAUAUUCUGUUUCAACAGCAAGAACAUGAAAAGAAAAUGUCAAGAUCUAUAAAUAUGACAACAGUGAAGGUCAAUUCUGUAAGUGAUUCAUCAGCUAGUUCAUUAGCAUUUACACAAAUACUUGCUGAUGAUAACAAUCAAACUAAACCAGAUGUUACUAUAUCCGGUUCACAGAUUGAUUUUGGAACAUUGUCUACAUCUCAUUUACCUACUACUUCUUCUAUUGUAUCUCAUUUUUCAUCAACAAUUGCGCCUCAUGUAUCACAUCAUAUUUUAUCAUCAACAACUGCACUGUCAAAAAAUAUCGAUCAAACCAAAUCAAUCAUAACUCCUACUUUAACAAAUGAAAAUAUUCAAAAUUUAGUUGAUCAAUUGAAAUAUUGUAUUAAUAGACUUAGUCUCUUACUUGAAAAUAAAAUAGAAGAUAAAAAAUAUGUUAUUUCUAAUAGAAAAUCUUAUUCGAAUGAUAAAAUAAGUACAUCGGAAAAGAAACAAAUAGAAUUAUUGUCAUCAUCAUCGUCUUUAAUAUCAACAAGAACUUGUUCAAGAUUCUCAAGACAAUCUAUUUCCGAUGCCAAUGACUUUUUCUUUAAAGAUAUUAUAGUUCAACGAUGUAAUUCUUUUAAUAAUUAUCAAGGACAAAAAAGUAUGUUUUGA